CAAACAGUAGCUCGGGUGUUCUAUUGUUUCCACAGGUAUUUGUUUUCCUGCCCUUCCUUAAAUAUGCAAAGUUUGUGCAGAGCAGAUGGUGGAGGGCUAUGGAAGAAGCAGCCGGUAUUUCUGGAUCUUGGGCCGCCUGGGCUCACCUUGUCACUGACCGGGGCGCACCGUUGCAAGGAAAAACUCCGACUGGCUUCGCUAGAGCAGACCCAACUGGUUUUCAGCAGGCAGAAUAAUUACAUGGAUUCCUGACAUUCUUCAGCUCUCACUUGAUAAAGAAUAAUGAUUAACACGACGUGGGAGAGCAAAGCGUGGCAGUUGGACAUGCAGCUGGUGGGGAAAGUUGUCCUGUCUGCGGCCGCCUUAUUCCUUUUGGGUCUGGCCUACAGAUUAUAUAAGUUCCGGGCCCAGGAGAGAUGCGAGCCAUCAGACCGACGUGGUCCCGACCUCGGAAGUGCCGGGGGAGAUGUCACGGAUAGCCCCCAGCCAGGGCUCGCAGGUGAUGAAAGCAGUAAUCUGAGAUUCCGACGUGUAAACAGUAACCUGCAGAACGGCUUAGUCACAGAUCCUGGAAGGAAACCCUUAGCUGCCGAUUCUUCGCUCGGUACACACAAAGUUCAUAUCACGGCUCAGGAGGGAUUUGAAACUGCUGAUGUUAUCAAUAGAGACCAAAAUGAUUACGGCGGAGAAGCGACGGAAGAGUUGCGCAACAAUUCCGAUCCCCUGCAAAGCCAGCGUCAUCGUGGAGAUGACACCACCGGCCAGAAGGACGAGUGCGACGGGUUGGAAACCGUCAACAAAACCCAGAGCGUGCAAUGCAGAGAGGAUCCAGAAGGCAGAGAAAUGCUGGAGAGGUCGGAGCUGGUGAAAGACCCCUCGGAACGGCUCCCCAAAAACAUUACGGCGCUUAGCUCCAUCGACUUAUCCUCGAGUCACCAAAAUGAAAGAAAGCAAGAACUGCACAGGUUCUCUUCCACGUCUGAGGUCCAAAUGCAGGAGGGUCUCACCACUGAAGAUGGCAAUGCGCUUCAGACUCUGCUACCGGAAGGCCUUCGAGGGAAAAUUUACAACUAUCACGUUGAGUCUACAUCCCAUUCGGUCACAGCAUUGAACACUUUGGGCAUUGGGGAUGACUCUCUGCAGUCCCCACUCUCUAGGGAUGACUCUCUGCAGUCCCCACUCUCUAGGGAUGACUCUCUGCAGUCCCCACAUAUACCGGCAUCGGAGGAAGAAAAGGAAAUGCAUAGAGAUCUCAAAGACCUUGUGGAGGCCACAAAAGAAGAAACCAAAGGUGAGGACUCAAAUCAAGAAUUGCACAGGUUCUCUUCCACAUCUGAGGCCCAAAUGCAGGAGGGCCCCAUAGCUGAAGAUGGCAAAGAUGGCAACGCACUACAGACUUUGGUACUGGGGGGCCUUAAAGGGAAAAUUUAUGACCAUCACAUUGAGUCUACAUCCCAAUCGGUCACAGCACUGAACACUUUGGACACUGGAGAUGACUCUCCUCAGUCCCCACUCUCUAGGGAUGACUCUCCACAGGCCCCACUCUCUAGGGAUGACUCUCCAUGCACCCCACUCUCUAGGGAUGACUCUCCAUGGACCCCACUUUCUAGGGAUGACUCUCCAUGGACCCCACUCUCUAGGGAUGACUCUCCACGGACCCCACUCUCUAGGGAUGACUCUCGGUGGACCCCACUUUUUAGGGAUGACUCUCAGCAGACCCCACUCUCUAGGGAUGACUCUCCACGGACCCCACUCCUUAUUAUAACACCAGCAGAAGAAAAGGAGACACAUAUGGAUCUCAAAGAUCUUGUGGAGACCACAGAAGAAGAAACCAAAGGCGAUGACAUGAAUCAAGUAGCCGUAUUACUAAAACAGCACCCUACCAGUGACAGUAACAUGAGAGUUGAGGGUACAGAUUUUGAUGGAGACCCUCAGCAGACCACAUCUCAGUCAGUUACUAAAGUUUGUGCUCCACAGUCAGAGCUCACUUAUAUAAAAACCAAUCUACCUACACUGGAGGAAAACGAGGCAGCUCAGACGAGUGUGGAAAACACAGCAGAUGAUUUCAGCAAUAAGACACCAGAUAAAGCAAAUCUAUUGCAAGAACAAGACUUCUCCAAUGACAAUAAUGAAGAGCAACAAGCAGAAAGUCAGGUAACCAGCUCCGGCGACUCUGCCGCUGCCAAUUUAACAACUUCAUUUUCCAACACAGUAGACCAGAACAUUGGUGCAGCUCUACGUAUACAGACAGGCCCUGGUCCCUACAACGUUUCUUUGACCCCAGAGUCUGUAUCCGACAUACGCAUUGAUUUGGGGAACUGUUACGAGGUCCUCUGCUUGGCCAAGAAACACAACCUUGAAACCCUUAAAACAGCUGCCUACAACGUAAUGAGCAAGGACUACCUACAAGUGCUGCAGAAUCCCUCAAUCUAUGGGCGGCUUAACGCCACUGAGAGAGAUCUAAUUCUGGAAGGCAGAAUGGAGGGUAGGCAGUUUGUGGUUGUUGCCGACAUUGAUACUCAAGCCACCUCUGCGGCCCAAAACAAGAGCAGUCUAAGUUAUUAUGAUAUUGACAAUGAUGCGUGGCAUUCUUUAUCUCAAAUCCCAAUCGAAGCUGUCAGCAGAGGCAGCUCAAUGUCAACCAUGUUUAAUUAUCUUUUUAUUGUCCUUGGAUGCGAUGGUAUCGGAAGGGAGAUGAAACCAUCAAGACGUGUCCUGUGCUACAACCCUCUAACGCACAUGUGGAAGGAAAUCAGCCCUCUUAAUGAAGGUAGGCCUCACUGCAAGCUUGUGGCGCUCAAUGGUUUCCUGUACGCCAUUGGGGGCGAGUGCCUUCACACAGUCGAAAGGUACGACCCACGUCAAAACCGGUGGUCCUACGUGGCCCCUCUUCCAAACGAUACCUUUGCCGUCGCCCACAUGGCAACUGCCUGCGACGAUGAGAUUUUUGUGACCGGUGGGACCUUCCGUUAUAUGCUGCUAAGGUAUCGCGAACGUGAAAAGGUCUGGAAGAACAGCCUCGUCAGCGGCAGCAAAGACCGAACCACGGAGAUGGUGGCCUCCAAAAGUUUUCUGUAUCGGUUCGACUUGAACCGCAACAUGGGCAUCAGCGUCCACCGCUGUAAUAUCAGAGCCAGGAUUUGGUACGAAUGCGCCACGUACGCAAUGCCUUACCCAGCACCCUUCCAGUGCGUGGUGAUCGACAACAACAUCCAUUGCCUCAGCAGGAACUUUCACUUGCGUUUCCUAGCAGAAGACGUGUCACCCAAAUUCGUGGAUACAGAUCUUCAGACUGUGCCGUCACCGAAAGGCGUUCUCUUCCCUCUCGUCCUUGUUCUGCCGGUGAAGGGUACGCUCUGAGCAAGUUCAGAUGGUCACGGUCAGAAUCUGUUUUUAUCAUUUCGUGUUUAGUGGAAAUCCAAGAUGCGGCAAACAAGUCAAUCGAAGCUAAUCAACAGUCUGAUCCUAACAUAGGCCUAAUUCCACGUACGGAACAUAAAACCCAGAGAAUGUAAAUUAUUCACAGUCUUUAAUGGUAGUUCUUCUGACAAAUGCACAGUUCUAAACGGCGGCAUUGAACCGGCUCGGCGCACUGCGCUAACGUUUUUUUUCUUUUAUUUUUUUGAGAUGGAAACGUUUUCCAAAAAAAAUUUACAUCCUAUAUCCAUAAAGGACCUAUAAAUCCAGUAGCCUAGCAGGUAAAACACAACAUUUCAAAUGUCAUUUCUUUGCAUUGCUCUACUAUGUAAAAGCUACGAUUGUUGAACGGGGAACUUCAUAUUUUUUUAUUGGGAGGAGGAGGGGGGGGGAGAUGCAUAUUUUUUUUUUUCAAAUAUAAAGUUUUAUAAAAACGCCAACAAUGGGAGAGAUCCUGACAUUACAAUCAGUAUGGGAAUAUCGUAUAAAUCACAGACUCUACGUUCAUUACGUCAUGAUACAGUAAAUAGUAUAUAUCCGUACAUGACAGAAUUAACAAGACAGUUGGUAUGGGGGGGGGGGGGUGUAUAUUUCAUGCCCACAAUGCAGCUUCAAUUUGGAAUCAAAAUUACCUCAUAGUAAAGAGUCUAAAGAUUUAUAAGUACUGAGCUGCCCAAAACUUAGCACAUAGAUCUCUUAUUGUAUAUACUUUGUAAUAUAGACAGAGAGAGAGU